AUGAAAAUCGACAGAUCUACUGUAAAUGGUGGAGUUGCCAGUCUAAAAUACUAUAAGGGUAAAUUUUAUGCCGUGUAUUACUCUGGCCAAGUCUGGGUUUAUAAUGUACCAAUUGGAGAGCCACGUAUUCUUGCUUGGCGUCAGGAUGAUAUGUUUAAACGGCCGUUAGUUCAGUUCUACCUAGUAGAGGUAUCAGGUGCACUAUUAUUGGUUACCCGAUUUGCCUCAGAGGGUCCAAAUGGUGGUCCUGAAACCUUGAAAUUUAGAGUAUUUGAAUUAGAUGUAAUCAAAGGUGAAUUGAAGGAGAUUAACACCUUGGGAGAAUCAUCAAUUUUCUUGGGCCGUAAUGGAGCAAGUUAUAUUGACUCCUCUAAAUUUAUCGGAGUCAAGCGUAAUCAAAUAUAUUUUAGUGAUGAUUGGACCGAUUAUUACAGCACAUUAGAAGGAGGGGGUGGAAGAGAUAUGGGGACUUACGAUCUUGAAAGUGAAAAAAAUUGA